AUGCCAUAUGUAGCCAAACGAGCCAACAGGAAAGGGGUCGUCAUCGUGGGAUCUGGUUGGGCUGGGGCCACUCUGUCAACCGCUCUGGAUGAGCACAAGUUCAAGAUCACGAUCGUCUCUCCUGAGGAAACAACUCCCUACACACCGCUGCUGGCGAGCGCCGCUUGCGGUCUCUACGACUUCAGUAUCGUGGAAACAUCCAUUCGUCAUCAGGCUCGAGAUGUUCGCUACAUCAAAGCCAGUGUUGAGGAUGUCGAGUUCGACUCCAAGACUUGCAAGUGCAUGCCGGCCUUCGACGAGGUGGCCGACACCGCACCACAACAGUUCGGCCUGCCCUACGACUACCUCAUUUUGGCACCAGGAUGUACCAACAACACAUUCGGCACCCCAGGUGUGGCAGAGAACGCCAUGUUUGUCCGUACAGCACGGGACGCCAAGGCAAUUCAAACUCGCAUCCGUGAUUGCUUCGAAAUAGCUUCAAUCCCUGGUCUCUCAGGAGAGCAGAUUCGAGACAUCCUGCAUUUUGUAAUUGUUGGAGCGGGGCCUACCGGCGUUGAGAUAUCAAGCGAACUCUCCGACCUCUUCCACGGUGAUUUCGCCAGGCUAUACCCACAUGUCAAAAAACAUGUGCGCAUCUCGGUACACGAUAUUGCACCCAACGUGCUGGGUGGCUUUGAUCAGAACCUCCAGGAGUAUGCCAUGGAAAGCUUUGAUAGAAGAGACGUUGAGGUUGUCACCGGCAGCCACAUCGAAAAGGUGGACAGCAAGGCCAUCUACACCAAGGAGCUGGGCAGAAUUCCUUGUGGUGCAGUGAUCUGGAGCACGGGGAACAAGGUCACUCCGCUUGUGGAAAACCUCAGAUGCAAAAAGUCUGAGCACGGGCUGCCACGGAUGCUGACGGAUGAGUUCCUCCGGCUGAAGGCUAACAAGGGCGGCAUCAUGUCCGAUGUCUUCGCUCUUGGUGAUGCUGCAGAUAUCGAGGGCUCAAGUCUGCCAACAACCGCCGAGGUUGCUUGCCAAAAAGGGAAGUGGCUUGCAACGGCAAUGAACGCAGAGUUCAAGGAGAGCAGGGUUGGCCAUUUUGAAUACAAGCAGGCACCGAUUGUUGCGUAUCUGGGCCAUAGUGAUGGUGUGAUUGCUGGGAAGAGUGACUACACUGGAGCAGAGGCCUGGGUCGCCUGGAGAAGCAAGAACUUUCUGUGGACGCGAACAUGGAGACAGCGAGUGCUGGUAGUUGUGAGCUGGGUGCUAGAUCGGUUGACCGGCAGGACAAUUGCGCCAAGGUAA